AUGAGCAAAGCUAGGGUUAGUCCACUUGAAAGAGAACCACUCCUCAACCAUAACCAAAAGACCCAAACAAUUCCAUACAAACAUGCUGUUUUCAAGGCUACAUAUAGGUAUGUUGCUGUGGGCAAUGAACCCUUCCUCCAGACAUACAAUGGCACCUUCUCACUAGUCACCCUGCCUGCCUUGCAGAAUGUUCAGAAAGCCUUAAAUGAGGUUGGGCUUGGAAACCGUAUCAAAGCAACUGUUCCAUUCAAUGCUAAUAUCUACAAUUCCCCUGUUUCAAAGCCAGUCCCUUCUGCUGGUGACUUCAGGUCAGACAUAUGUGAACUUACAAUUGAAAUAGUUCAGUACCUCAAUGAGAAUGAUGCCCCUUUCAUUGUUAAUAUCUACCCAUUCCUUAGCCUCUAUGACAAUGAAUACUUCCCUGUGGACUAUGCUUUCUUUGAGGGGUCAGACAAUGGAAACUAG